ACGCAAGCAGAGGAGGCGGGGCGUGUGGGUUUGAUUGGCGUCGUGUUCUCUGAUAGUCUGCUGCGGGACCAGGACAGACAGCUGAGGGGGGGGGGCUGAAUGUCCAACCGGGACAGUCUGAAGGACUACCGUGAACUCACACGCACGAUUCAGAGGUCUUCACAGUUGACUGAUGAGCAGCCGGUAGGACUGGUGUUGAGCCACACCGACUAACACAGAGGGUCAGCAGUGCCAGACAAGACGAUUGGAGGACAGAAGACAUAGUUGCCGAACUACUGGUGGUUUACUAGUGGUUAGCCUUAGCAUACUUGUGGCAGCAGGGAGGAAGAAGGAGGGCUUGGCGAUGGUCACAGCUAUGGAGGAUGCCUGUCCCAAUGGGGUACGGGAGAAGGAGGAGGAGAUGACGUCCCCGGGACAGCCUGGCGUGGAGGGGCCCCCAGCUGUGCAGUCCACCCAGGAACCAGAUACGUCUGGAGCCAUGCAGCAGGUGUUGGAUAAUUUGGAUGAGCUUCCCACCUCCACGGGCGCCAAAGACAUCGACCUGCUCUUCCUGCGCGGCAUCAUGGAAAGUCCCACUGUACGCUCCCUGGCUGAGGCUCACGAACAGCUGGAGGAAGUGAAGCUGGAGGCAGUGCAGGAUAACAACGUGGAGCUGGUGACGGAGAUCUUGGGCGACAUCAGCAGUCUCAAGGUUAAAGACGACAGCGCGGCUGAACUGUCCAGGAUCCUCCAGGAGCCACACUUUCAGUGUCUUUUGGAGGCACACGACAUGGUAGCCUCUAAGUGCUAUGAAGUCCCGCCCCCACCUGAUAUGACAAAUGAUGCUGCGGUGAACAACGCCCUGAUGCAGGCCGAUGCUGUGCGCAUGAUUGGCAUCCGAAAGAAGGCCGGAGAGCCCUUGGGCGUGACAUUUCGUGUGGAGAAAGAUGACCUGGUCAUUGCAAGAAUCCUUCACGGCGGCAUGAUUGACAGGCAGGGUCUGCUCCACGUGGGCGACAUUAUAAAGGAAGUGAACGGGAAGGACGUCGGAAACAACCCCACCGAGCUGCAGGAGAUGCUCAAAGACUGCAGCGGAGGUAUCACGCUGAAAAUACUGCCGAGCUACCGAGACGCUCCGGCACCUCCACAGGUGUACGUGCGGCCAUACUUUGACUACAACCCAAACAAUGACAACCUGAUCCCAUGUCGAGAGGCAGGGAUGGCCUUCAAGAAAGGUGACAUCCUUCAGAUUGUCAACAGAGAGGACCCCAACUGGUGGCAGGCAUGUCAUCUGGUCGGUGGUGCUACGGGACUGAUACCCAGUCAAUUCUUGGAAGAGAAGAGGAAAGCCUUUGUCCCUCGAGAGUUUGAUGGAUCAGGGAUCCUUUGUGGAACCAUAGCUGGAAAAAAGAAGAAGAAGAUGAUGUACCUGACAGCCAAGAAUGCAGAGUUUGACAGACACGAGCUGCAGAUCUAUGAAGAAGUGGCAAAGGUGCCACCAUUCCAGAGAAAGACACUGGUUCUGAUCGGUGCUCAGGGUGUUGGCCGGCGCAGCCUGAAGAAUCGGCUGAUGGUUCUCCAUCCAACGCGCUUUGGCACCACCAUACCAUACACUUCGCGGCGACCCCGUGACGAGGAGCUGGACGGCAAUUCCUACCACUUCACCACGAGGACAGAGAUGGAGGUGGACGUGAAGGCCGGACGGUUCCUGGAGCAUGGCGAGUACGACGGCAACCUGUACGGCACCAAGAUCGAGUCCAUCCAUGAGGUGGUGGGCACAGGACGCAGCUGCAUCCUGGACGUCAACCCACAGGCUCUGAAGGUCCUGAAGACAGCAGAGUUCAUGCCUUACGUGGUGUUCAUCGCAGCGCCUGAUUUUGAUACUCUCAAGGCUAUGCACAAAGCUGUGGUGGACGCAGGCAUCACCACAAAGCAACUCACGGAUGUGGACCUGAAGAAGACGGUAGAUGAGAGCGCCCGGAUCCAGAGGGCGUACAGUCACUACUUCGACCUGACCAUCGUCAACGACAACCUGGACAAGGCCUUUGAGACGUUACAGGCCUCCGUGGACAAACUGUGCAGCGAACCCCAGUGGGUCCCGGUGAACUGGGUGUACUGAAGACCAACUCUGAGCGGGUCACACUGACCCACCAGCAUGUGUGUGUGUGUGUGUGUUUCUGACCACGAAGGCCAAAGAAGAGGAGAAGAGGGCAGAUUAAUAAUAAUAAUUAACAACAAAAAUACUCUAACCGCUCUUUCUCCUCUUGGGCCUGCACGCCGUGCAACGUUUUUUCUACUCAAAACUCAAAGGGAAAGAGUGCUUAUUUAUUUUAUAACUUUUUAUGGAAGAUCUUUCUAUUCAAUGUGAGAAUGAAACAAAAAAAAUCUGGUCUCAUUACUUGGGCCAUAUUUUUGCAUUAAUUUAUUGUAUUGUAGUCACACGUCUUAUUUUGUAGUCGUUUCCGUUUAAUUUCAAGUGUUUUUGUCAGUCGUUCCUCACGGACAUCAGGGAUUCCUGACCUCCAUUAAGAUCCCUGAGCAGUCAUUGUCCGAGUGUCAUUCAAUUAAUCAUUUAGCUUUUUUUCCCCCGUAGCCGACUGUAAACUCAAAGUCCAGAAGAGUUUAAAAGACCAGUUUGUGCACAAACAGCUCCAGUAUGUAAAAGAAAAUCAACGUUAACCCUAAUGUACACGAUCAAACCCUGUCUGUUAAUUUUGUUGAGUUUUUGUGUUCUUAAAGUAGUUUUUAAAUCAUUGUGGUUAUUUAUAAUCUAGUGUUUAUGUCACACAUGAUCCUUCUGAUUUGUUUUGAAUUAUCCUGCCAUCAGUCUGUUGGGAGUAUCACCAUCAUCAUUGUUACUGUCUACAUAAGCCAAUUUGUUAAUGUUUUAUAUAUGUGAAUGUGGCACAAACCCACUCCGUCCUUAUGGUCCUUUUGUUCAGUGUUGCAGUAUGCCAAAGCCCUAAUUAUAAAAUGUGGUGGUUUGAGGUUUAUAAAUCUUAAAUCUGAUUGGUAUUUGAACUACAGGCUGUGAUCUAAAUGUAUAAUUUAAAAUGACUUUGGAUGGUAAAUACAAACAAACCCAAAGGGAUAAAAACAGUGCUAUUGUCUGUCUGAAAUGUUCUAAACUGUUCUUAAAACAAAUGAGAACAGUUGCUUUGAAACCUGUCUUGAACUUCAGAAAAAUACAUUUAAACCCCAAAUAAAUGCCUGUACGUGGAUAUUCUUUGCAAUAUGUACAUAUACUAUGAAUACAUAUACACGUGUGUAUAUAAAGCACAUGUUUUAGAGAACAUCCUAGAGCCUGUUGAAGUG